AUGCGUCCCACGACCGCCCAAAAAUUCUGUCGGCGCCUCCAAAUGGAUCUUCUGGUUACGGACGCGGACCUUAGAUACGUUUUCCCAAUGAGCCGUAAGCCGACGGGCUACAAAGAGGUCCGCGUCACCCGGGGUCAGGUCGAAACCAUCUCGGUCACCAAGGAUGAUGAAGUCAGGACCGAGGAAUUUGAUAUUCUGCCGCUGCCCGAAAAGAUCGAUGGCGAGACGUGGUACUAUAAGACGAGCAUGGAUGAUAUGAGGCUGAACUGCGUGCACCGAAACGCUGUGAAGACCACCGUGAAGACACCGAACACCACGCCGGAAUUUGUGGAAGAUCUCACGAGGGGCAAA